AUAGAACUUAAAUACUAGGUUGAUAUCAAGUAGCGUAAAGGACCAAAACAAAAGGUAGAAGAUUUUGGCAAUCUAACCUUAUUUUGGUUAAGUGACAUGUGAAUGUAUACAAUCUUUGUGAAUGUAUCUGUAUGAGGAAACUGAUAGUUUGAUUAUUUUUUUCUGUUCGUAAUUAAAAUUAACUAUACUUUUGAACAAAAAAGGGAAUAAGUACCCUAUCUAAACAACAUACCAAAAAUGUCCUGCUGCAACUAUUCAUAUAUUAAGAGAAAAGUAUAAAAUAGGAGAGAAAACAUAAAUUUCAUUAUGAUACUUCUAAAUAAUCAUAGAAUUUCUAACAGAAUUGUUGCAUCACACAAAAUGUACUUACCUAUAGUAAAAAGACAGAUUCACAAAGAAUAUUUUCCGUCUGCAAAGAAAAGAGUGUUUUUACCUAAUCCACAAAAACAAAAACAGACCAUUACAAUUAAAAAGACCCACUCCCCUCGGGUAGAAACAGUUUGCGCUUUCCGUAAAAAUAAACUAAACAUUCAAAUGUUGUCAAAACCAAUUUAUGACCAAGUUUUCAUUGAGGGGUAUAAAGACAGUAGUAUAUCGAAAAUCAUUCAAAGUUGCCAAGAAGACCUGAAGAAACGUCAAAUGGUAAAUAGUGAUAGUGAUUUUCAACGAGACGUUGAUUAUAAAAUCCCCCCUUUAAAUGGAAAGAAUAUAAUUGAACAUUUUCAAAAUAUUGGGGAGGAACAAGCAAAACCCUACAGAGAUUUAAUUCUAUCAUUGCUUGAGUAUACUCCACUUCCUCCAGAUCAGUGGAAAAUGCAAUCAGGAUGGACUAGGUAUGUGCCUGAGUGUGAACCACAAGCAGUACAUUACCCAUUAGAAGAAGCUUUAGUAUUUGAUGUUGAGGUUUGUAUGAUGGCGGGAAAAUUACCUACCCUAGCAACAGCAGUUAGCAGCAAAGCUUGGUAUGGUUGGGUCAACCCAGCUGUAAUUGAUGGUAUAACUAGACCUACGACUUCCCAUCAAUACACAAUAGAAUCUCUCCUGCCUUUAGAAAGUGAAUCUCAUGAUACAGGUUUAAAAUUGACAGAUCAUCAAAUGAAACCAAAAGUUGUAAUUGGUCAUAAUGUUUCAUUCGAUAGAGCUAGAAUUAAGGAGCAGUAUUGGUUGAAUAAAACAGGUACUAGAUUUGUAGAUACCAUGAGUCUUCAUAUAUGUGUAGGGGGAUUAACCAGUUAUCAAAGAACAGUAUUGAAAUCACAAAAAUUUACAGAAGAAGAUGACAAUUGGAAACAUUUGAGCUCUCUGAAUAAUUUAGUGGAUGUGUACAAAUUAUAUUGUGGUAAAACUAUUAAAAAAGAAUCAAGGGAUUUAUUUGUGGAAGGAACUAUGUCAAACAUUAGAGAUAAUUUUCAAAAAGUUAUGGAUUACUGUUCGAAAGAUGUAAUAGCCACUUAUGAAAUUUUAGCGAAAUUAUUUCCUCUAUUCUUGGAAAGAUUUCCACAUCCGGUUACAUUUGCAGGUAUGCUAGAGCUGAGUGUAGCUUACCUUCCCGUAAAUUCUAAUUGGCCCAGAUACAUAGAGGAAUCAGAACAAGCCUACGAAGAUCUAGAACAUGAAGGGAAAAUUCUACUUGCCAAUCGAGCUAAUCAAGCCUGUCAGCUAUUACAUAAUGACAAAUAUAAAGAAGAUCUAUGGAUGUGGGAUCAAGAUUGGACAGUGAAAGAUAUCAAAAUGAGAAAUAUUACAAAAAAGAAGAAAUUAAAGAAAGCAGUGGAAGAAGAGAAUAAAUUAAUAAAAAAUAAUGAGGAUGAUGAGGAAGAAGACGCUUUGGAAGUUAAAUUUCAAGAAUUAAGCAGUACCAAAGAAAAUCUAUCAACUGUUAAAACAUUGUUGCCAGGUUAUCCAAAUUGGUACAGAAAAUUAUGUCAAAAACCUGAUGCCCAUUGGAUUCCAGGACCAAAUUUGAUAAGUACUUCAAUGCAGAUAACCCCAAAAUUAUUAUGUUUAACUUGGGAAGGAUAUCCUCUACAUUACUUGAGAGAUAAAGGAUGGGGAUUUUUAGUACCGUUCACUGAUGACAUUGAAAUUGAAAGGAAACUACCUUUGAAACAAUUAUUAGAAAAAUGUUCUUUAUUGACGGAUAAAGGUGGUACGAGUAGUCCAGAAAUUCAAAAUUUGUGCCAACAAGUACAGGAAAACUUAUCAAAAAGGCAAUACUACAACAGACUUAAAAAAGAUAAAACCGAUGGAUUGUAUAAAGGAGCCGGAAUAUGGUGUAAUACAGAAGUAGAAGACUGUUGUUGGUUUUUCAAAUUACCCCAUAAAGAUGGACCGGCUUACAACGUGGGCAAUCCAUUAGCUAAAGAUUUUUUGAAUAAAUUUUCAGAAAACGUGUUAGUAGGUGAUAAUGAAAGCGCCGAAAAAGUAUUGGAAAUAGCCAAGAAGUUGUCUUAUUGGAGAAAUAAUAGAAACCGAAUAUUAGAUCAGAUGGUUGUUUGGUUAAGUGAAGAUAGUUUACCCAAAUCGUUAAGGACCAAAGGUUACGUUUUGGGGGCGAUUCUUCCACAAGUUGUAGUAUGUGGUACCUUAACUCGAAGAGCUGUCGAACCUACAUGGAUGACAGCAUCUAAUGCUCAAUCCGAAAGAAUAGGAUCCGAAUUACGAGCUAUGGUACAAGCGCCUCCCGGUUAUAAUAUUGUAGGUGCCGAUGUAGAUUCGCAAGAACUUUGGAUAGCGUCAGUAAUCGGAGACGCGCAUUACGCAAAGAUGCACGGCGCGACGCCUUUCGGUUGGAUGACUUUAAGCGGAAAUAAAUCAGCUGGUACCGAUAUGCAUAGCGUUACAGCUAAAGCUAUAGGAAUAAGCAGAGAUCACGCUAAAGUUAUCAAUUAUGCUAGAAUAUACGGAGCAGGACAAAAUUUCGCCGAGCGAUUAUUGAAACAAUUUAAUCCAACUAUGUCAGAUAGUGAAGCGAGAAAUAAAGCACAGAAAAUGUUCGCACUGACGAAGGGAAAGAAACUCUAUUAUUUGAAACCCGAAUACGUACUGGACUUCGCCGAUCAGCCGUAUUCGAAAUGGGAAGCGUUCGAGGUAGCUAAAGUUUGUGGUAAAACGGUAGAUAAGAUGUUUCAUAAAUCCAAAUGGAUCGGGGGUACAGAAUCGGCGAUGUUCAAUCGAUUGGAAGAAAUAGCUAAUAACGACCAGCCUGCUACCCCGUUCUUACACGGCAGAUUGAGCCGGGCGCUCGAGCCUAGACCAUCGUCGGAAGAUGCUUAUUUACCUACUCGUGUAAACUGGGUGGUGCAAAGCGGAGCAGCGGAUUUUUUACAUCUCAUGCUAGUCUGCAUGAGAUGGAUAACCGGAGACAAAACACGAUUCUGUUUAAGUUUCCAUGAUGAAAUAAGAUAUCUAGUACCAGAAGAGUACAAAUACCAAACAGCUCUAGCUUUACACACCACAAAUUUAUUAACGAGAUCUUUUUGUUCUGUACAACUUGGUUUGCACGAUUUACCUCAAUCCGUCGCUUUUUUUUCGUCAGUCGAAGUUGACAAAGUUCUGAGAAAGGAAUCAAAACAGGAUUGUGUAACUCCCUCUAAUCCUCACGGCUUAAGUAAAGGUUACGGCAUACCGAAUGGGGUAGCUUUGGAUAUUUAUGAAACUAUAGACAGAGCCGGUGGAAGAUUCUCGAGUUGGUAUAGUAGAUUUAAAAAGGGUUAAUGUGUACUAAAAAUUUCACCAACAAAUCUGUGAUAACGUUACUUUAUGUUGAAAUAUAAAACAUUUAAGUUGAAAAA